AUGGACCGAAAAGCCCCACGAGAAAAUGGCACAUGGGCCCUCUCAAAAGAACAUGAUACCAACUCUCCUGGGCACAAGAGAGAGCGUCCACAAGAAAGGGAAUAUUUUGAGUAUAACACAGAUCUCCUCACGAUGCUGAAAGACGUCGGAACCAGGUUUGACCUUGAACGAUCUUUCCCCAUGAAAUCUCCUCCUGAGAGUCGAGACCCCAAGUUGUAUUGCCAGUUCCAUGAAGACAUAGGACAUGAAACCAAGAACUGUAGAAGCUUGAAAAGGGCUCUAGACGGCCUGGCCUCCAAAGGAAAUCUCAAGAACUAUUUACAGAAGAAUGCUCACGGCUUUGGGAAAAACCAAUACAAAAAGAACAAGUCACCUGUCUCACCUGCGGAGGGACAGCACAGCGAAUGGGGGUUUGUAGCCAUCAUAUCUGGAGGACCGGCCGCUGGAGGACCCACCAUGGGGGGGCAGAAAGAUUAUGCUUGCCGCCUAGGGCAAGUAAUGCUGUCAGCAAAGUCACCUUUGGAUCCAUUCCCACGGAUAGAGAUAUGUGAGUCGGAUGGUGGACGAAUAGCCACUCCGCAUGAUGAUCCUCUUAUGGUCGAAUUCAAGAUAUCCAAUAUGAGGGUAAAGCGGAGCAUCAUACACCCUGUAGGCGUCAUCACUGUGCCGGUUCGAAUUGGAGACAGGAAAAAUGGACGGAAGAUGGAGGUGAAUUUCCUGAUUGUUAAGGACCUAACAGCAUAUAAUGUCAUCCUGGGACGACCCAUCUUGAACAAGAUUAAAGCCGUAGUCGUCACCCAUCUGAUGCUUUUGAAGUUUGUGUACGAUGAUGGGGCGAUAUGCACCAUACGUGGAGACCAACAACAAGCUAGAGACUGUUAUCUCACCACCCUCAACCCGUCAGCAUGGAAGCAAGAUUCUGCCGAAGCCAGAGGCAAAAGAAAGCACAAAGACGAGCUGCCAGCCGCCAAGGAGAGUAAACCAGCCAAAACAGAAACUGUAACAUCCCGUAUUUUUAAACCUGUUUUAUUAUUCGGUAAUUACGAUUACUAA